CGCUGCCCGGUUUCUUCCAACUGUUUGCCCCUGUCCGAGCCAUUCAGGGUUCGUCUUUCAUGGCGAUUUAAUUGAAAUCGAAGGAGAGGAGGAGCCAGCUUCAUCUCAAACCUACGCUGUCGUAGCUACCUAUUACGAUCCAGGUGUUGAGGAGGGUUUGAGAAUCUGCUUCAUUUCUCGAGGCCGCGGCUGAGUCAUAGUUUCCGAGGUGGGCAAAGAUGAGAACAGUUGAAGUAUCUGAACCAAUCGAGGUCACCGAGAGGAUUCCUAAAGAAGCAAAGAAGAUCCUGUACGAGUUGGCGUCGAAAUGGAGCGACGUCGCGGAUUCCCGGGCGUUGGAGGUGGUGCAGCUCAAGGGGGCGAUGACGAACGAAGUGUACCAGGUCAACUGGCCAAGCAUGUCCAAGGGCGGCGUCUCGAGGAAGGUGCUGGUUCGGAUUUACGGUGAGGGGGUGGAUGUCUUCUUUGAUCGUGAGAAUGAGAUCCGGACGUUCGAGUGUAUGUCGCGGCAUGGGCAGGGACCGUUGCUCCUCGGGCGUUUUGCAAACGGUCGGGUCGAGGAGUUCAUCAAUGCUCGCACUCUUUCUGCUGCUGACCUUCGGGACCCGAAAGUAUCUUCUUUGAUUGCCUCAAAAUUAAAGGAGUUCCAUGAUCUCGACAUGCCUGGUCAAGCAAAAGUUUUCUUAUGGGAAAGGUUAAGAAAUUGGCUUAAAGAAGCUCACAGAUUGUGCUCACCUGAAGAAGUCAAAGAAUUUCAGUUGGAUAAACUUGCUGACGAGAUAAAAACUUUGGAAGAAAUAUUGUCUGCAGAAGAUCAAAAUAUUGGAUUUUGCCAUAAUGAUCUUCAAUAUGGUAAUAUCAUGAUGGAUGAAGAAUCCAAUCAAGUGACAAUUAUUGAUUAUGAGUAUGCAAGUUUUAACCCUGUGGCUUAUGAUCUUGCCAAUCAUUUCUGUGAGAUGGCUGCUGAUUAUCAUACACAAACACCUCAUGUUUUGGAUUUCAACAAGUACCCAGAUGUUGAGGAGCAGAAAAGAUUUGUUCAGACUUACCUAACUUCUUCAGGUGAGAAGUUGAUAGAUACAGAAGUCCAGAAAAUGCUGCUGCUUAUCGAGAAAUAUGCUCUGGCCAAUCAUCUUCAUUGGGGCCUCUGGGGGAUCAUAUCAGAACAUGUCAACGAAAUCGACUUCGAGUACAUGGAAUACGCGAGGCAGAGAUUCCAGCGAUACUGGCUGGUGAAGCCUCAAGUAUUAGGAUCCAACUGAAUUGUUUCUUAGAGGAACUCCCUAUUCUUCCAUAUUAUUUUAGCAAAGUUAUGUAAUGCAUAUGCCAAAAAAAAAAGAAGCCUAACUUCUCUUUGAUUUCAAUAUCUAUGAUUUAGUUUAUGCAAAUUCAAAAGUUACGAA